AAUGAUCAAGAAUUAGUAUUAGCUUAUCAUGACAGAUCUGAUGGUGGGUUAUUUGUCACAGUGGUUGAGAUGGAAUUUGCUGGUCAUUUAAGAGUUAAAUUAGAUAUUCCAGAUAUUGUAAAAAAUGGUGAUUUUAUCAGGUCACUUUUUAAUGAGGAACUUGGUGUUAUUAUACAAAUUAGAAAAAAUUAUUUAGGAAAAAUUAUUGAAAUAUUUACAAAAUCAAAUUUUCCUAGAAAUCAUAUAUAUUGUGUUGAAACUUCUUUUCAAAUUCAAUCAUUAUGUGAUAAUAGUAUUUGUGCUAAAGAAGAGUUUGAUAAUAUUUUAUAUGUAAAUAAUCCAGACUUACAUUUUCAUUUGACAUUUGAUCCAACAGAAGAUGUGACUUUGCCAUUUGUGAAAUCACCAACUACAUUAAAACCAAAAAUAGCAAUAUUACAAGAACAAGGUGUAAAUGGUCAUAUGGAGAUGGCAUUUACAUUUUAUUUCCAGGAUUCAAACCAAUUGAUGGAAUUUGAAAAUUUUUUCAAAAAAAGAAAUGACACUUUUACCCUUGGUAUUUGUAAUGGAUGUCAAUUUUUAAGUCAAUUAAAAGAAAUAAUACCUGGUACAGAAUAUUGGCCAAUAUUUAAAAGAAAUAGAAGUGAACAAUUUGAAGCAAGAUUCAGUUUAAGUUUAUCUGAUAAACCUGAUAGAAAUCAUCAUCAUCGCCACAAUCUACAACCAAUACAGCAGCAACAACCACAACUACAAUGUGGUAAUGAUGAACGAGUGAUUGAGGGAGGAGUGUUUGAUGCUAACAAUAUAGGAAGUGGUAAUGUUGUUGCAGAAGAAAGAUUUAAAGCUUUUCAGAAUCGUCGUAACAUAGAAAGUUUUAUGGAUAUUGAUGAUGAUGAUGAAGAAUGGCAAGAGCAACAAAAAUUGAUCAAUAAUGUUGUUCAAUGUGAAUGGCAAAUUUAUCAAAAUAUUACUUCUUCUCAAUAUCAACAAUG